GAGGCAGAAUAACUAACAGGAGACCUCCUGGUCAGCAGAUGGCGCCCUCGUGUUUUCCUAAAGAAACAGAAGAAGCCAAACCGCUAGUAACGUCAGCUUGAAGGAAAGCGGAGUUUAUUUUUUUCUUCUGAUUUGGGACAAAUAAACAGGUACGCUGGAAUUUUCUGAUACCCACUCGGACAUGUCCUAUGUCUUCAUCAACGACUCGUCGCAGACCAACGUGCCUCUGCUGCAGGCCUGCAUUGAUGGAGACCUGCCUUUCGCCAAGAGGCUCCUCGAGACGGGAUGCGACCCCAACAUCCGGGACAACCGGGGCCGCACCGGGCUGCACCUAGCCGCCGCCCGAGGGAACGUGGACAUAUGCCGCCUCCUACACAAGUUCGGGGCUGAUCUGUUGGCGACGGAUUAUCAAGGGAACACAGCGCUGCACCUGUGUGGUCACGUGGACACUAUACAGUUCCUGGUUUCUAAUGGGCUGAAGAUCGAUAUCUGUAACCACAAUGGAUCAACCCCUCUGGUGCUGGCAAAGAGACGCGGUGUCAACAAGGAUGCCAUUCGUCUGCUGGAAGGACUGGAGGAGCAGGAGGUGAAAGGCUUCAACAGAGGCCCGCACUCCAAGCUGGAGACCAUGCAGAUGGCAGAUAAUGAGAGUGCGAUGGAGAGCCACUCCUUACUCAACCCCAACCUGCAGAGCAGUGAGGGCGUCCUGUCCAGCUUCAGGACCACCUGGCAGGAGUUUGUGGAGGAUCUGGGCUUCUGGAGGGUCCUGCUGCUGCUGGUGGUCAUCGCCCUCCUGUCCCUGGGCAUCGCCUACUACGUUAGCGGCGUCCUGCCUUUCUCCUCCAGCCAGCUGGAGCUGGUGCACUGAGGGAGGGCAGGGAGGAGGGUGGUGGAGAAGAAGCAUGGGGGUAGAGAGGUAGUAAAAUAAACAAGUGAAGUUCUGCUCUCAUCUGAGUUUAUACCAGAAUAGAAUAACUAGAUUUUGUUUAUUUGCAGCCCAGAUCUCGUCUUGUUCUUGGUUGCCUGGAGAGGGAAGCAUCAUAUUGUAUUAUUAGUAAACAUGUAUUGUAAAAAGCAGUGAUCCAAAAGAACAAACAACUUAAACAUCAACUUGCAGGCUUGAGGUGAUAAACAGGAGGACUCGGACGCCGUUUCCUUCUGAAAUAGUGACUCAUACUAACAUAUGUUGAUAUUGUUUCAAUAUUGUGUAACAUAUCCCCUUUAAAAAUGAGUUGAAGCUGCCUGUGAGUAACAACUCGUUUAAUGCGGUCAUACGAUGACAUGUAACCCCUUGACAUUUGAUCCAUGCUGUGUGUUCUGUUACAAGCUGUACAUUGCCAACAUUUUGUAUCUUUUAUUUUCUUAUUUGUCUGAUCUUUAAGUUGUGUUAUUUAUCAAAUAUAUAUAUCAGUGUAUGUAUCAAUUUUCCUUCAUACUGGUUGUUUAGUUCAAAUCCUGCACCCUUUCUGUCCUGCGUUAGUCAUUGAAUCAAUCUCUUCUUCCCCCAUGAAACAGUUUUGUUGUUAUAACUGAAUCAAGCUGCGCGGGGAAGUUUGUAUCGUCGGCUUACGUUCGGAUUAGAAAAGCACCUUGACUGUGUGCCUUCGUAAGGAAAGCUUCAUUUUUUACUGCAGCUCAUUGAGACAUUCCCGCCAGAAGCAUGCGCCUCUGUUGCUUAAAAAUCUACCGUGUUGUUGUGAACAUCAGAUCCAGGCACAAUGCUCAUAAACUGUAGGAUUACAACGGCAGAUUAUUACGUGUUUUGUUGUAUAUUCAUUUUAUCUUCAUGUCUUUGUAAACCAUUUUAUCUGUUGUAGGUUUUCCACCUUUGAUUUUGUGUGUGUAUAAUAACACAUUUGAAGGAAAAUUAAUAAAAUCGUGUGUAUGAUUCUAAUCUACAAAA